AGUGCUUGCCGCUUCAAAAUAUUUAAUAAUUAACUAUCAAUCGACUUUAGCCGUUCAGUGAAUGUUGAUCGUAAUAUAUUACAAUAAUUAUCAACGCUGCUAAUAUAACGGUAAAGGGUGUGCAAGAUGUCUCUCCUGUUUCGGAAAUACCGGUUCACCACCGUAGAUUUCAAUCGUCAGAUGAGUGUCGUUGCAUCGGUUCUCCGGUAUAGUGAAUUUGGUGACCCUGCCAAGGUUGUUCAACUCGAGCAAGAAACUGUAUCUGAUCCUGUGGCCGGAGAAGUUCUAAUCAAGACAAUUUGUGCACCGAUAAAUCCAGCAGAUAUCAACACGAUUCAAGGAAAAUACCCUGUAAAACCUACAUUCCCAGCUGUUGGCGGUAACGAAUGUGUUGGUGAAGUAGUUGCAGUUGGUGAUCAAGUGAAUCGGUUGAAAAUCGGCGAUCGCGUGAUACCGUUUGCUACCGGGUUAGGUACAUGGCGUUCACAUGCUGUGUAUAAAGAAACUAAUCUUAUGAAAGUCCCGGAAAAUAUUGGUAUUGCUGAAGCAGCCACUAUAACUGUGAACCCAUGUACUGCUUAUCGUAUGUUGAAAGACUUCGUUCCACUGAAACCAGGAGACUCGGUGAUACAGAAUGGGGCAAAUUCUGCUUGUGGACAAGCGAUCAUUCAGUUGUGUCGUGCGUGGGGUAUUCAUUGUGUGGGAGUCGUUCGUGAUAGGCCGGAAAUUAACCAGCUAAGGGAUUAUUUGAAAGACUUAGGCGCUGUGGAAAUUCUUACCGAAGAAGAACUCAGAACCACGAAAAUAUUUAAAGAUGGAAUAUACCAGAAACCCAAGCUAGCGCUUAAUUGUGUCGGAGGCAAAAAUGCAUUGGAAGUGUCUCGUCAUCUCGACAAUCACGGUGUCAUGGUUACGUACGGUGGAAUGUCGCGGGAGCCUGUUACUGUGCCGACAGCAUCGCUUAUCUUCAAAGAUCUCCAGUUCAGUGGUUUUUGGAUGACCCGCUGGACCAAAGAAAACGCCCAAAGCCCCAAACGAUCAGAGAUGUUUGAUGAGUUGUUCGGAUUAAUCGAAAAGAGAGCUUUUGGGGCGCCCGCACACGAAAUGAUUGCGUUCACUGAUUACGUGACAGCAGUCACUAAGGCACUCAGCAUUCAGGGAUUUGUAGGUAAGAAGUUUUUAUUCAAAUUUUAGACACUUUGUUACAUGGUUAAAUGUUGUGUUAUGGUAAUAAAAUCUUUAAAAAAUCAA